GUGGUACCAUAACGACAUUACAGUCAAAUUGGUGCAGUUGAUUUUUCAACGUUAAGCUAAAUAUCGUGAAAUGGUGUCAAAGUUGACCCUGAGUGUUGCGGUUUUUGUUUGUGUUGUGGCUAGUGUCAGUGCUCGACGCAUCUAUGAAGAUUUAGACGUUGCUGCAUCCGACGAUGCGGAAGUAGCUGCAUCCGAUAAGGGAAAAGAAGAAUGGCAAAAGAAAGGUGGAGGGAAUGAUCAUCAGAAGCAUGAAGAUUCAAAGAAAGGCGAGAAGGGCGAGAAAGGUUACAAAGGGGCGCAUGAAUAUGCUAAGGGCGAUAAGGGACAUCACGAUAAAGAAGGCCAUAAGGGAGAAUAUGAAGAUGAAAAGGGUCACAAAAAGAAACACCACGACGACAGUGACUACUCUCAUGAGGCUAAAAAAGGUGAGAAAGGCGAAAAAGGACAUAAGUACGAAGAAAAGGGAAGCUUUAGCAAGGGUCACUCGACGAAGGGACAUCAUGAAAUUCACAAAUUAGACGAGUUCAAGAAGAACAAGAAAUUCUUUGAUGAAGACGGUGAUGAAGGAUUCGACGAAAAGUACGGUGACUUCCAUGAAGAACAUGCGCAUAAAAAAGGCGGCUCACAUAAAAAAGGACACAAGAAGGGUGCUCAUGAGCACGGCGGACACGGCAAAAAAGGAAGCGAUCAUAAAGGCUCUCACCACUCAGAACAUAAAGGCCACAAGGGCGAUAAAGGACAUGAUGAACACCACGGUCACAAGUCUGAACACGCCAAGAAGGGCGGAAGUGAACAUCACAAAAAGUAUGGACACAAAAAAGGAAAAGGAGGUCACUAAGACGUAGCUGCAUACCAAAUUUUGUAGUUGAUAAGUUCGUCGUUCAUUAUAUCACCACUGAUCAUUUUUAUUUAUGAAAAUUUUUUGUUAAUUGUUGAAUAUAUUGAGUUCAUUCCAGUUUUUGAAUGAAUUUUGUU